AUGUUCUUUUCGAAAUCUACAAUAGCGUCAACCAAGUUACAUUCAAAAUCUUUCAAACAAACUUACAUGGAUUGGAUGUAUGAGAAAUAUUUACGAAAUGCAGAAUUAAAACGAAAAUUAGCCGACAUGAGGUCAUUUGGCAGACUAGGAUGUGUCAGAUGUCCAUCUCCGCCAUAUCCAGUUCGACCAAUAGCCGAUCAUCCACGUGAAUCUUUGGGUGGUUUUAAGCAACAUCCCAAUUCUUCAAAAGAUAUGACGAUCGAAUUGUCUGUUGAUAUUGGUAAAACAGCCCAUCAACUCAUAUCAAUGUUAGAAAAAGUAUCGAAAUUUCAAGAUACACUUUUUCAGUCUGCUAUAUUGAAGCAAAUGAUAACAAGAUAUUAUCGAUUCAUGCAAUUAAAAGCUAUUUACUUGCCCAACGUUUUGCUAGUUCCUACUCUUGAUAUUGAAAUCAUUUGGCAAACGCAUUUACUUCGACCAGAAAUAUAUCGAGCAGAUUGUAUACGUUUAUUUCGUCAAGUCGUCGAUCAUUCAUUGGUGACAACAGAUAUUCAACAAUUUUUAAAAAAGCAAGCAUUUAUAGAUACAUGCCAUUUUUAUGAAGAACGAUUCGGCGAAAAAUAUUGUGAAUUAGCAUCAAAUAGAAAUGCUCGAAAGUCAACAUCGGAAGACUUGACAAAUCCGUCCCAAGAUGCUUAUUCGUAUUGGGAUGAAUCACUUUUUGAAUUUACAACGAAUCCCCCAAAACAAUAUGAAAAUCCUUUUUCAUUUACUGAAGCCGAAGUCAUUCUUGAUGGUCGUUGGCUCGAUUUAUGCAAAUCGUUUAUGCAUGAUUCACUGGAACAAUGUCCUGUUCGUGGCUACUUUAGAGGAUCACGCGAAAUUAAUCUUGGAAAUGGACCUAUGCAACGCUUAAAAAAAUCUUACGAACGAUUUUUAUAUAUGGCAGCGAAAUAUCCAUUGCAGGAUAGCAACGACUUUGUGCCCCCGACAUAUGCGAUAGAUAUCAUGUGGCAUGCACAUAUGCAAGAACCGUUGAAAUAUGCAGCUGACUGUCUUCGACUUGUUGGUUAUAUUAUUUCUCAUUCUCCAUGGCCGAUCAUUGAAGACAAAAAGAUGAAGAAAAAGAGAGAUACAACGGAUAAAAUUUGGAAAGAAGAAUUUCAAAGUGAAAUUUCAACCGAUCAUCUCUAUAAUACUGUUGAGGAAACAUAUGACUGGUGA